AUGGAGCGUCGUGAGACUCCUACAAUUCCGAGGCCACCUCCGGAAGGAGAGGGAGUCUUAUCGUCCGAUCCUGUUCGUCAAGGUGAUCCAGAAGGUGUUAAUCAUGUAGAUCCAUUUCGUGAUGAAGUUCUGGUAGACAAUCUACCUCCAAAUGUCCGUCAAGUAGAGGAUCGAGAAGGAUCUAUUCAUUUGGAGCCACAUCGCAAACGGAUCAUGCGAGAGGAAGCGCCGGCGUGCGAUCAUAGGGUUGCAUCACCGUGGCAAAAAAGGAAAUCUGCCGAUCAGGGAGUUCUGUCAUGGUUUUCAAGGGAGAACGAAGCAUUGCGCUCAUCAACAAGGAUGGUUGCAUUUCCAUUCACUGAUGAAAUUCUGAACGCGUCGAAUUCAAAGAAGUUUUCUAUGCCGAUCUUCAUUCUGUUUGAUAAAACAACUGACCUGGUCGACUACAUCUACCACAUUCAGUUGAAAAUGGGUUUGAAUACUAACAAUAAUCCUUUGAUGUGCAAGUGCUUCCUUACAAGUUUGGCUGGACCAGCCCUCAAUUGGUUUAAGAAUCUGGCUCAAGGCUCAAUCGCUAGUUUCCAGGAUUUGUGUGACAAGUUCAUAAGCCAGUACUAUGGGAAUAAACGCCCGGCUAAGGAUGUAUCAAGCCUUUUCACAAUGAAGCAGCACGAAGAUGAACGACUCCAAGCUUUCCUCACCCGGUUCAACCUUGUUAAAAGCAUGGUAAUAGAAUGUCAUCCAUCCACAACGGUCCAAACAUUUAAACUUGCAAUGAACCGAGGGACACCGUUCCACACAAGCUUGGUGGUCAAUACACUGAAGAUCAUGGACAAGCUGAACAAGAGAGCUGACGGUUUUGUCCGCCUUGAAGAAGAAGAGAGGGAUCAGACUAAACAUUGUGCUUUCCAUAGUGAUUUUGGACAUCAGACUAAUGAAUACAGGAACCUAAGGAGACAAGUGGAGAUGCUGAUCGCAAAGGGGGAAUUUACAGGAUAUGUUCAAGGUCCAGUGCAAGAGCAGAACCGAUCGGCUGAACAGAUCAAGAGAAAUCAGAGGCUGAACCACCAUAGCACUCAGCCUGUUCGGAUUAUAAAUGUUCCUCAUGAAGAUCCACUGGUCAUCAGUCUAACAGUUGCAGAAUGCCUGGUACGAAGAGUUCUAAUUGAUCCAGGAAGCAGUGCAAACGUCAUGCCCAGAAAAAAGAAUAGGAAAUGGAGAGUAUGUAUUGACUUCACUAAUCUGAACAAAGCUUGCCCAAAAGAUAGUUUCCCAUUGCUACGGAUUGGUCAGAUGGUGGAUGCCACCACUGGGUACGAGCGACUAACCUUCCUGGAUGCUUAUUCUGGUUAUAAUCAAAUCCCCAUGGAGCUAAUUGAUGAAGAUAAAGCAUCUUUUGUUACUGAACGAGGGACCUAUUGCUACAAAGUCAUGCCGUUCGGAUUAAAGAAUGCUGGAGCUACUUAUCAGAGGCUGAUCAACAAGAUUUUCAAAAGCCAAAUGGGGGGAACUGUAGAGGCUUACAUUGAUGAUAUGGUGGUCAAGAGUAAGAAGAAGGAUAAUCACUUAGAGCACUUACAGGAUGUGUUCGAUGUGUUGAGGAAGUACAGAAUAAAGCUUAAUCCGACCAAAUACUCAUUUGGCGUGAGCUCUGGUCAAUUUUUGGGAUAUAUGGUCAAUCAUAGAGGAAUUGAGGCUAGCCCAGCCCAGGUGGAAGCUCUGAUCAGAAAUGCAGAACCAAAGACAAUUAAGGAAGUGCAGCCUGAAAGAUUACAUGCGAAACCCUCCGGUUCUAUCUGCUCCCGACCAAAUGAGAAGCUCUUUUUGUACCUUGGGGUAUCCAGCAUCGCUACAAGUGCUGUUCUAAUCCGUUGCAAAGACGGAAAGCAAUUCCCAGUGUUUUAUGUCAGUAAAACAAUGGUCGAGUUGGAAAAAAGGUACUCAAAGGUUGAACGGGUGAUCUUGUUGUUGGUCAACGCGAAAAGGAAGCUCAAGCAUUACUUCGAAUCCCAUCCAAUUGUCGUCUUAACUACUUUUCCUAUAAGGAUGAUCUUGCACAAACCAGACCUAUCAGGAAGAAUGACAAAAUGGGCCAUUGAGUUAAGCUCAUUUGAUAUUACAUAUGAACCUAGAACGGCAAUCAAAGGAAUUGGAAUCAAAUUGCAUACACCAGAAGGCACCACGCUGAGCCAAGCAAUCAGACUUGAGUUCAACGCAACCAACAACGAGGCUGAAUAUGAGGCAUUAUUAGCAGGGUUGAAGUUGGCUAAAGAGCUGAAGAUCAAGAACCUAAUUGCUUAUAGCGACUCACAGCUAAUCGUUCGGUAA